AUGAUCACUGACGUACAACUUACUGUUUUCUGUAAUAUGCUUGGGAUCAUGUUAUUUUGUCUAGUAUUUCUGUUUCAUUACAUAAAUGCGAAUUAUUCAAAAUGAAUGAACAUAUCAUUUCAAUAAAUAAUAUAACAGUAUAUAGGUUAAUCGCAGAUUAUGCAGUCCAGCUAUUGCAUGCUAUACGAUGUAAAUCGUUUUAAUAAUAUAAUAUAACAUUGAAUAAAUUUUAUUCUUAUACUA